GUGGCCUAGCGGCGUGACUUCUCGGGAGGCACUGGCAACCCCAGACUCUGAGAACUGGACCGAAAAGCUGGUGAGCCAUGGCGUCGGCGGUGGCGGCAGCGGCAGCAGUGCGGACCCGGAUCCUGCAGGUUUCUUCUAAAGUAAGCUCCACAUGGUACCCAGCAUCCUCCUUCUCUUCGUCAUCAGUGCCAACUGUAAAACUCUUCAUUGAUGGGAAAUUUGUUGAAUCCAAAAGUGACAAAUGGAUUGACAUCCACAACCCAGCUACCAAUGAGGUCAUUGGUCGGGUCCCUCAAUCCACCAGAGCUGAAAUGGAUGCAGCCAUUGCGGCCUGCAAACGUGCUUUCCCUGCAUGGGCAGACACGUCCAUUUUAAGCCGUCAGCAGGUCCUGCUUCGCUAUCAACAACUCAUUAAAGAAAACCUGAAAGAAAUUGCCAAGUUAAUCACAUUGGAACAAGGGAAGACUCUAGCUGAUGCUGAAGGAGAUGUAUUCCGAGGCCUUCAGGUGGUUGAGCAUGCCUGUAGUGUGACAUCCCUCAUGCUGGGAGAGACCAUGCCAUCUAUCACCAAAGACAUGGACCUUUAUUCCUACCGUCUGCCUCUGGGGGUGUGUGCAGGCAUUGCACCAUUUAAUUUUCCUGCCAUGAUCCCCCUUUGGAUGUUUCCUAUGGCUAUGGUUUGUGGAAAUACUUUCCUUAUGAAACCAUCAGAGCGAGUGCCUGGAGCAACUAUGCUUCUUGCUAAGUUGCUUCAGGAUUCUGGUGCCCCCGAUGGAGCAUUGAACAUCAUCCAUGGACAGCAUGAAGCUGUAAAUUUUAUUUGCGACCAUCCAGACAUCAAAGCAAUCAGCUUUGUGGGCUCCAACCAGGCAGGAGAGUACAUCUUUGAAAGAGGGUCAAGAAAUGGCAAGAGGGUUCAAGCCAACAUGGGUGCCAAAAACCAUGGGGUAGUCAUGCCAGAUGCCAAUAAGGAAAACACCCUCAACCAGCUGGUUGGGGCCGCAUUUGGAGCUGCUGGCCAACGCUGCAUGGCUCUUUCAACAGCCAUCCUUGUAGGAGAAGCUAAGAAGUGGCUGCCAGAGCUGGUGGAGCGUGCCAAAAAUCUGCGAGUCAAUGCAGGAGACCAGCCCGGAGCUGAUCUUGGCCCUCUCAUCACCCCCCAGGCCAAAGAGCGAGUCUGCAGUCUGAUCGACAGUGGAACAAAAGAGGGGGCUUCCAUCCUUCUGGAUGGACGAAAAAUUAAAGUUAAAGGCUAUGAAAAUGGUAACUUUGUUGGACCAACCAUCAUCUCCAAUGUCAAGCCAAGUAUGACCUGUUACAAAGAGGAGAUUUUUGGCCCAGUUCUUGUGGUUCUGGAGACAGACACACUGGAUGAAGCCAUCAAGAUUGUAAAUGACAACCCAUAUGGAAAUGGAACUGCCAUCUUCACCACCAAUGGAGCCACUGCACGAAAAUAUUCUCACAUGGUGGAUGUUGGACAGGUGGGAGUGAAUGUCCCCAUUCCAGUGCCUUUGCCAAUGUUUUCCUUCACUGGCUCUCGAUCUUCCUUCAGGGGAGACACCAAUUUCUAUGGCAAACAGGGCAUCCAGUUUUACACUCAGCUAAAGACUAUCACAUCUCAGUGGAAAGAAGAGGAUGCUACUCUUUCCUCACCUUCUGUAGUCAUGCCUACCAUGGGGCGUUAGAAGCAAGUUCUUCAAGACUCAAUACAAUCUGAGUCAUUUCCCGUCAUUCUUGGCCACCUUCACUUGCCAUCUUUGCUCAAAUCAGAUCCAUGAUAAUGAAAUAUGUUGCAACUAACUCUUUCUCAGAACUGCCAGUCUCUUCAAAGUAAUAAGGAGACUGCAGGGAAACACUAAUGCUGGGUCUGCACUUGCUCUUUGUACUUCUGUUCUGGAGGUAACUUGUAAUUGUGAAAUGCUUACCUGGAGUGAGGGCUGAGAACUGUCUUCUCACAGUUCUUCUGAUGACUUGGGGAGGAAUGCCAGUGUAGGGACAGAGCUCCCAAUAAUUGGAAGAACUCUUGGAUAGGGAAAUAGGAAGUAACAGUUCACCCUCAGGUUGAGCCUCAAACACAGUCCUCCAUCGAUUCUCACACUUUGCUUUUUCUUAUCCCAACAUUGUGACAACUGCUGCUUCUCUGAUCAAUGCCACUUUCUUCAUGUUUAGAUUCAUGACCACUACUUAAUACUAUUAUUGUCCAUAUUCUUUUCUUAAAAUACUUCUUAAAGAUACCUCAGGACGCAAAUUAUAUGUUAGCUUUUUGUUAUGUGUGCCAUGUUUCAUGGUUCGCUUCAGCAAUCAUUAAUCAAUACUCUAGCCACUAAUACAGAUGCAAAUAAAUCCUUAGAAAAAUUA